UCUUCUUGGCGCUUGUGUUUUAGCGACAGGAACAGAGCACAGAAGAGGGCGGCGUUGGCCAGCAGGCUCGCAAUGGCUCCGGCGCAGCAUCGGCCAGCGAGCCUCACAUGGUGUUUACGUAUGAGGACAAGCAAGUCCUGGAGGAUGCCGCCGCGCUCAUCAUCUACCACGUCAAACGCCAGCCCACCAUUCACAAAGACGACAAGGACCACAUCAAGCGCAUCAUCCAGCACUUUGUGCCCGACCUGUUCUUCUCGCGCCGCGGUGAGCUUAGCGACACGGAGGAUUGGACUGAUGAGGAGGCGGAGCCAGAGGAGGGAGGAGAACGAGGAGUGAGCGCAGCAGCAACAACGGCACCACCACCACCACCACCACCACCACCACCGACAACAACAACAGGAGUGAAUGCCAACACUUCUGAUGUAGCAGAAGCAACGGCAACGAAUAGUCCGUCUCAACCUCAAACAGCCCAAGGUCAGGGGCCGGCCCAGAGCCAGCAGCAACUAAACAAUGAAUCCAGAAGGAGGCGCUGCAGCCCACCCCAACCACCAGAGAGCGAGGCUUGCAGUACUCCUGGUAGCACCAGCCAAACGGUGACCACGACCACAUCUAUCCCCGGAACCACGCCUAUGGAGACCAGUUCAGGCGCCACUGCUGAGAAGGUGGACCUGCGUGACCCUGAAGCAGAGCACCAGAAGGAGCUGGACGACGUCUACAACCUGUUCUACGUCAACAACAACUGGUACUUCUUCCUGCGGCUGCACCAGACUCUGUGCUCGCGAUUGCUGCGAGUGUAUCGACAGGCCGAGCGGCAGCUGCUGGAGCACCGCGCCGAGCAGAGCAGGGAGCGGCUGCUCGUGGCCGAAGGCAGGCGGGAAAAGGCAUGCGACCUCGCCAUGGAGCUGCGGCUCAAACAGCCAAGUGAGGUGGAGUUAGAAGAGUACUAUCCAGCCUUCCUGGACAUGGUGCGCAGCCUGCUGGACGGCAACCUUGACUCGACUCAAUAUGAGGACACACUGCGAGAGAUGUUCACCAUUCACGCUUACAUCGGCUUCACCAUCGACAAGGUCAUCCACAACAUCAUCCGGCAGCUCCAGCACCUGGUGAGCGACGAGGUGUGUCUGCAGGUGGUGGAUCUGUAUCUGGCCGAGAGGAAGAGGGGGGCUGCCGGGGGAAACCUCACUUCUCAGUGCGUGCGAGCCGCCUGGGAGACGAGCUACCAGUGGAAGGCUGAAAGAGCCAUGGCUGAGGAGAACUGUUUCAAGGUGAUGUUUAUUCAAAACAAAGGUCAAGUGACAAUGACUAUUGAGCUGCAGGACACUGAGGAGGCCCAAGCUGAUGACCCCUUGGACAUUCAGUGCUUGUCCAGCUACAUGGAGCAAUUUGUUGGAACUGAGUCUAGUCUGUGUUCACAAGCAGACGGCUACUUUUUUAAACCGGUCUUUCUUCCACGGAACCUUCGUCGUUUCCGGCGUUGGCAAGUGCGUCAGGUGGAGGCGAUGCGCUGCCGGCGAGAGUGGCACCGGCAACUGGGUGUGGAGAACGCCGGCAGCCUGGACUGUCGCUUCAAGCUUAACACUCACAAGAUGGUGUUUGUGAUGAACUCCGAGGACUACAUGUACCGCAGAGGAGCGCUGGUCAAGGCCAGGAAGUCUCAGCACCAAGUGGCGGCAAACCAGCACGAGCGCUUGGCCAAGUGGCACCGGGGCUGGCGGGCAGAGCACGUGACGCCCUCGGCCGAGCGCAGCGUGCACAAGUGGCUGAUGGGAGAGGACGAGGAGGACAUGAUCCCCUGCAAGACCACCUGCCUGUCCACGGAGCUCAAGGGCCAGGCAGUUAACAGAUACCGCGUUCAUUACAGCGGUAGCAAAGCCCCCGCCUCGCCUUAAGAGGACAUUUGCGCGCAUCUCCCCGCGCACACACAGCUGGUUACAUGCAUGGACAUCCCUACACUAAACAGUGCAGUACUUGUGUACCUUCACCUUUCAUGUUCACUCCCUCGUGCAGAGUGAACGUGUUGGAAGAGCAAGUCAUACACGAGUGUGGACUUAGGGGAGGCCACAACUGCCCCCCCCAUCCUCUUAAAAACCUUUUCACUCAGCAUCAGCAGUAUCAUCUGGCACUAAAAGUCAACAAGAUUUGACCACAUAAUGGAAAUAGUUUCAGAAAUGUGAAUGUCUGUUUUAUUUUCUUUCUUUCUUUCUUUCUUUUUUUUAAAUGAAAGUCUUGUGUAGUUUUUAGCUUGUAAAGCCAAAUAGCCUUCUGCUUGUUGGUGGAUUUAAUGCGCGUGUCUACAAAGGAGAUCAUGGUAUAAACGCGUGUAUGUAUGUUUGUGUAACCUGUACUUCAUUCUGACAAGUAUGUGCAUAUGUAUUUUUUCUAUAUACACCAUUUGAAGAUCAUGUGGUUCUUUACAGUGUUUGCUGUUGGCCAACUCUUGAUGUUUGCAUCAAUUACUUUACCCCACAUUUUGUAUUGUAGCUAAACACAUAAGAGGGCCACUAAACACAUUCUAAGCGGGCCAACAAAGAGUCCUACAAGUUGAUUGGUUUAAUACUGAAGAAAUUAUGUAUCAUAAUCUUGAUUUCACUGAAUGUUUUUUUUUUUUGUGGUCUGUUCCCCCCCCCCCCCCUUCCAUUUUUCAUUUUGCAUACUGACAUUGAAAAUAAAAGCAAAAAUAUCAGUGUUAAAAUAGAAUGUAUAACAUUUAUCCUGUAUCAGUUAUCAUAAAAUAAACAACCUAGUUGUGACCUUCUUA